UUAAAUAUUUUGAUUCGCCCAGAAAUUUAUCUCCAACUUUAAAUUGUAUUUUAAUUUCAUGUGAGAGGGCGAAAAAAAUGGCAAUUUACGAAUGGCGAAAAUUUAAUUUUUUCGAACUGCGUUCCGAAGCGGAUAAUGGAAGCAUUCAGAAUGAAUUGGGCGAGGUCCGGAUAUCCUCAGCUACGUGUGGAAACAAUCAAAUCGUCAUUUGCGACACCGAGGGCCAAAUUCACGUAUUUUCCAAGAGUUGGCAAGAUGUAAAAGUCAAGGGACAUGAGUCAUCGAUUCCCUUCUGUGCAAUUUCGAUGCAAACAAAUCUGCUGGUGACAAUUGGCAAUGAAGAAAAUGGCUCGGCACCGCUGUUCAAAGUAUGGAAUCUCGCCAAAGCGAGUCAAAAGGCCGGAAUGUAUUGCAUGAGGCAAGUGAAAAUCCCGAUGUCACGUCCUUGUGCCCUUGGAGUUGCCGAUAAUGGCCAAUUCAUGGCUGUCGGCUUUGAACGGGGACACAUUUCUCUUUAUCGUGGCGAUAUUAGUCGUGAGAGAUCAAAAACGGCAAAGAGCAUAACAGCUGGCACGUCGGCAAUUGUUGGAAUUGCGUUCAAACAGUACGAUAAGACGACACAAAUGUUUGUUUGCUCGAAUUCGGGCGUAUAUGUGUUCAAUUUGCUCAGUAAAGAUAAGGAAAGUCGUUUAGUGCUGGAUUCGGAAUCUUCAAUUAUGCGAUGUUGCGCCCUACAAAACGGUUACGACGGACAUUUCAUGGUAGGUCGCGAUGACGCGAUUUAUUGUUACACUUUCGAUGGACGAGGACCGUGCUACGUGCUGGAAGGCGAAAAACAAAUGAUUAAAUGGUUCAGAAAUAACUUGAUUAUUGUGUCUGCCUUCAAAUCCGCGAUGCCAAGUGUUCCAGCGAAAUCUCUGAUAACCAUAAUUGACCUCACGAACAAAUUUAUCGUUUAUACGCAGCAAGUCACGCGGAUCGUGGCGUUAUUCGUUGAAUUCGGGACGUGUUUCCUCGUGUCCGAGGACAACGUUGUUCAUCAUUUGAGCGAAAAGGAUUUGCAAAGUAAACUGGAUCUCUUAUUUAAGCGAAAUUUAUACGACAUUGCCGUUCGAAUAGCCAAAAGUCAACAACUCAAUAACGAGGGCUUAUCCGACAUUUUUCGUCAAUAUGGUGAUCAUUUGUACAACAAAAGUCAUUAUUCAGGUGCUGUGGAGCAGUACAUUCGCACUAUCGGCUAUCUCGAGCCAUCUUACGUGAUAAGAAAGUUUUUGGAUUCGAGACAUAUUCAAUUUCUUUCGACUUAUUUGCAGGCCUUGCAUGAAAAACGGCUAGCCACACCUGAUCACACCACCUUGCUGGUGAACUGCUUUACGCGCCUCAAUAAAACCGUGAAAUUAGAGGAAUUUUUCGAUCUGUACAACACGAAUGACCUUUCGUUUGACGUCGAAACUGCGGCAAAUGUGUGUCGCGAAACGAUGGCUUAUGACCAGGCCUUGAUGCUGACUGAAAAAAGUAAAAAACACACAAUUCAUAUUGACAUCUUGCUGAAUGACUUGAAUUCCGUGUCCGAAGCGUGUGCCUACAUAGAAAAUUUGAAACCAAGUUUGGCGAAAAAAGCUCUUUUGCAAUAUGGAUCGCAAAUGAUGGAUAAAGACCCGAAAGCCACAACGAAAUUGCUGAAACAAGUGUGUCGCGAGAGUUCCAGUAAUCCGGAUGAUUUUUUGUUUGUGUUUGCCGAUCAUGCAGAUUGUCUGCUAGACUUUUUGGAAGACGCUACGACUUAUUCCAGCAACUUGAGUCAACUCGUGUAUGAUACUUUGAUUGAAUUACAUUUGAAAAACCAAACGCCAAAUACGGAAAAACGCCUCAUCCAGAUACUGAUGGAAAAACGCGAAAAUGGCUACGAUGUUGGACGCGCAAUUACACUUUGUCGCUAUUACUCGUUUUUCCCCGGACUAAUUUACCUCUUUGGAGAGGAGAGAUUGUCUCAUCUAAUUGUCAGGUACUGCGUGCAACAAAAAGACUACGAAGAAUUGUUGAAUUGCUGUCAGCGUCUCGGAACUCCUUCGUUGUGGCUGCAAGCACUAAUGGGCAUUCGAAAUAGCGAGUCCGUUCCAGCGGAUUUAAUACAAAAAAUAUUGAGCGUUAUUACAAAUGAAAAACUUUUGUCGCCUUUGCAAGUGCUCAACAGUUUAGCAGUGGACAAUGGACCGACACUCGGAGCUGCUCGUGAUUUUUUUACGCGGGCUUUUAAAAAGGAAUCGGAUUUAUUUAAACGCGAGGAAAAUGCAAUCCGCAAAUAUAAGGAUGAUUCCGAAAGUCUGAGACAACAAAUAAAAAAUAUCAAGGAGGAGCCCAUUGAAUUCCGUGGAUCCGUCUGUGAUUCAUGCAAACAACCGUUGACACUACCAUCAGUUCAUUUCUUUUGUCGCCACUCAUUCCAUCAGGAUUGCAUUCGAAGUUUCUCCGAUACCGAGAAGGAUUGUCCUUGUUGCAUGGAAAAAAAUCACCAGAUUAUGGAUGUCCUUCGUGCCCAGGGCUCUGUGCAGAUAAAUCACGAUCAAUUCCAUACGUUGCUGGAACGUAAUCCUGAGACAUUUUCCGUCAUCUCCGAAUAUCUGGGUCGGAAUUUGUUUAAUCGGUUUUUGGUGGUAGAAGAUGUCUCGCAAACAAAUGUUCAGCCUCCUGUGAAUGUUGUAAUACCGAAAGUCACCGAAAUCCCGAAGCAAGUUCCGGUUUCUUCGCCUAAUGUGGCGAUACCAAAGUCCCAAGUAAAGGCGGAAGAGACAAUUGCGUCAUACGUUACAAAAUCAGACGUCAAAUUACGUGCUUCUCCACGUGCCAGUCCGAAGCCGUCGCCUCAAGCAACGGCACGACAUGCUGUAAUGAAAAAGACUCCGUCAUCUAGUAACAAUUCCAUAGCAAAAGCAGUAUCUAAAAACCCUUUUGGAGAUGCCGACGAAGAGGAAGGCAGCAAAAACCCCUUCGAGGAGUACGAUGAAACCAAAAAUCCUUUUUCAGCCGAUAGUGAUAAUGACUAUGAUAACAAUUUGAAUCCAUUUGCUUAGAUACACAUAUUUACUACUUGCUUUGCUAAUAAAAAAAUAUUAU